AUGCCGGAAGAGGUAAAAAAGUCAAAGAAGCCAAGAGAUUUUGCCUUCACUCAACAACGGCUUCCUGCUUGGCAGCCAAUUUUGUCCCCACCUUGGGUCAUUGUUUGUUUCCUUGCCAUCACUGUCGUUUUCAUCCCGAUUGGAGUAGCUAUUCUGGUAACGACGCAAAAUGUUCAAGAAUAUGUGAAGCAAUAUGAUGGAGACUGUAUUCUCGAUUAUACACCUUCUAAUUUACCUGGAAGAGGUCCAUACUGCGAGUCUACAACAUCAGUUGAAAUUAAGACAAGAAUGGAGCCACCAAUUUACAUGUAUUAUAGUUUGGAAAACUUUUAUCAAAAUCACCGUCGUUAUACUUCUUCUAGAAAUGAUCCACAAUUGGCUGGUGACAACACAAUUACUCCAGAGUCGGCCAAUUCUGACUGUUACCCAAUCGUUUUUUACGGAGCUGACCAAACAAACAUGACUGAUUCUAUCAAAAAGAAUGCUAACAUGACAUACAGCCCUUGUGGUUUAAUUGCUUGGAGCAUGUUCAAUGAUACUAUUAGUUUAUUGGGACCAAAUAAUACUCUAGUUUGUGACGGUCAAUAUCACUCUGCAACAUCAAAUUGUACAAAGAAGGGUAUUGCAUGGUCUUCUGACGUGGAUGUGAAGUUUAAAGCUCCAAAGAGUCCAGCUCUUAACAGAGUAGCACCAACAGAAUACUAUGGUGAACCAGGUCACGUUCUUCCAACUGUCACAGAUGAAGACUUUAUUGUUUGGAUGCGUACGGCUGCUCUUCCUACUUUCCGUAAAUUAUAUCGUAUCAUCAAUGUUCCUUUGGAUCCAGGCACAUACACUUUCAAGAUGCAACAACGAUUCAACGUUUCUACAUUUGACGGAAAGAAAUAUGUCGUUUUGACAACAAGUAGUUGGAUUGGAGGACGUAAUUUAUUCUUGGCCAUUGCUUAUUUGGUUGUGGGAGGAGUGAGCUUUAUCUUGGCAUGUGUCUUUGCUGUUGGUGCUAUUAUCCAAAAAUUCAGACUAAGAAAACAAGCCUCAGCAUAA